ACAUUCCAAUAACGAAAGGUGAAAACCCUUUCCUUUGCUUUCUUUGCCACAAUCAAUCGUUGCCGUCGCUGCCGGCCGGGAUUAUCCACCAACGGUUCUUCCUCUCAUCCUUCAGCAAACACUCAGAUUUCCAGCUGAAAAAUAUGGGAAAGAAGAGAAAGCGUAGUGAAAAGGCUGAAGCUGUGGCAGUCCCUAAAAAAGAUGAUGCUGCUCCAGAAAGACCAGUUAGGACACUUUUGGGAUGGAAGGAUAAGAAUGAAACUGAAGUUAAGGAUAAUGAGGAUUCACAUUCACCUGUAUUUAGGAACAAAGAGAAAGUCUUGGUCACUUGCUCUAGACGUAUUAUUUACAGGUACCGACAUUUGAUGUUGAACUUGGUAUCGCUUCUGCCUCAUUGCAAGAAGGAUAACAAGGUUGAAUCAAAAGAAACUAAAGGUGCUACCUUGAACGAGCUUGUUGAGCUCAAAAACUGUUCAUCUUGUUUAUUUUUUGAGUGCAGGAAGGCAAAAGAUCUUUAUCUCUGGAUGGCAAAAUGCCCCAAUGGCCCAUCUGUAAAAUUUUUAGUUAGUGCUGUGCACACAAUGGAGGAAUUGAAGCUAACUGGGAACCACCUAAAAGGAUCCCGCCCUCUUUUGACGUUUUCAACAAAUUUUGAAAAAGAUGCACACUGGAAACUGUUGAAGGAGAUGCUGUUACAGAUAUUUGAAACACCAAAGGACCAUAGAAAGGCUAAGCCUUUCCAUGAUCACGUUUUCGUUUUCUCCAUAGUUGACGACCAUAUAUGGUUCCGAAAUUAUCAGAUCUCUGUUCCUCAUAAUGAGUCAGACAAAUUACCUCGAGGAGGCCUGGAUAAAAUGACAUUGAUUGAGGUUGGUCCACGGUUCUGCUUGAACCCAAUUAAAAUAUUUGGUGGCAGUUUUGGAGGCCCAACUUUAUAUGAGAAUCCAUUCUACGUGUCGCCAAACCAGAUUCGAGCUCUGCAGAAGAAGAAAAAGGCUGGAAAGUUUGCAAAGAAGGUCAAAGCAAAGACAAGGAGGAAAAUGCAUGAGAUGUCCAAUCCUCUAGAGCCUGAUGAGUUUGCAGAUAUGUGGAAAGAUUAAUCAUAAAAUCACCUGCCUCUUUUUUCACUAAAAGUAGGAAUGGGAAUUUCACCUUAUAUCCGUGACAUGAAAUGGUAAUUUUUGGUUGGAAGUCCAUUCUCCACAGCGGCUUUUGAUGUUGUGAAUUGCUUUAUAUUGUUCAAUUGGAGAGAUUUUGUAGCAUAUACUUCUAUUUAUUUUCUUUAAUUAUUGUGGGGGCUCUUUCCUACCCUGCCUUAGUGUACAAUAUAUUUAUGCGAUAUCUAUAUUCUUAAAAGAGUGUUGGUUGUGAGGUAGUGCUGACAAGAGAAUUUUGUAGUUUUUAGUCUGAGACUGAAUUGGCUUAUGCCUUAUGCUUACUGCUUUAAAGAUGGGUUAACCUUUGAAUGUGUUUCUUA